CGCACGCGCGUCUCCGCCAACGCUUGACCGGCCUUUCGCAACGCGUGCCGAUAAAACGUCGUCGAAACGGGGCCCAAAACGGACUCGUGGGCCCAACACGUCGGCGGAACUUUCGUCGCGUGCGUCCAACCGCUGACACCAAGUGCUUUUGUGUUGUCACGUAUUGUUUUUCCACAAUGAAACGAAGAAUCGUAUCCACGAGUAUUGUUCGACGAUUUGCCGGACGUUGUCACGUCCUGACGAUAACUCGGUGCGACAUCCUUCUGCGUCAUACCUCCUGAAGAUCAUAAUAAGCGGUUCACGGUCUUCCGUAUUCUGGAAGAUACGAUCGGGUAUUGGGAUCUUCUUCUCGGAGGUCGUUGCAACAGUGUCCGGAGUUAUGGAAAAGUGUACGAAUCAUCGCGUUGUUUAAAGAAUUAUUUAACCGUCAAAGAAAGAGGGGGGGGGGGGGGGGGGGGGGAGCGGGCUAGAGAGAAGCCGAACGAACGUAUUCGUCAGUCAAACAAUAUCGGUGCGAAAGUCGAGUCGUUGUACGAUCUUUAUCCCGCGUCGUAAGGAUCGUUUUGCAAACCAGUUGACGUCAUUGCUUCCGCAAUGCAUGCUGCAGCGAUUUGCGGGGCGAAACUGUCGAAAGUCGUAACUUUUGUACGGGAGUUCGUCGAUCGAGGACACGAAGAGUAACUCGAGUCUGAUGUAAUCGACGAUACAUCACGUGCGGGGAAGAUUUUCAUACUGGAACACCUAGGAAGUAUCCCAAGAGGUUGAAAUUGAGGCUGAUAAAUCACGCCAAUUAUAAGGGGAAUCUGAUGUUCGAAGGUCCUUCAACGAUUCGAGGAUCUGUUAGAAACGGGUUUCACAGAUGCAACAGACGGGAUUCAAAGCCUGACUGGACAAUAUGUGAAGGAAACGGCCCCCGCGAUCGAGUUUCAGGCGUCAAAACGAUCGUAGAAAAGCACCCUGAUACUGGUCGCGUUCGUUAAACGGCCAAGCAACCCCUUGGCACCACUGGAACGUCAAUGCACAAUGCAAAAACGUCUCGUUCCGAGGUGAUAAUAUGGACGCGGAGGAGAUGGACGAAGAGUUGCCGGAGGCAAUCAAUCUCGAGGUUAACCAUAAUAACAACCUCGAGAGUUUUCAAGCAAUGAAGAUCUCAACGACACCGCGAUGCUCCAAAACCCCAGAGAGAGAGGAAAGCGCCCUUGUGGGAUCCGCGAUCCUCUCUCAAGCAGACGAAGAAGAUGGGGAUUCGGAAAUUGGCGAUAUCGUUGUGCCUGUUAAAUCAAAUCGAUCAAUAGAAAUCACAAACGCAAAUGUUAAGACUGAUUUCAAGGAACCCGAAGUUGCUAGAUUGUGCCGCAGCAAACGCGUUUCCUGCCAAGACACGAUUCCCGAAUCUGACGAAGAUAAUCGAGACAGUGAACUGACCAUGGAAAGAGUCGGAAGGUAUCUGGAGGCAAACCAAACUGCGGUGGAAAAAUGGCUGUUGGAAAAGGCAAGUCCAGAACUCCGGCAUCGAGUGCAAAAUCCUCUCCUAGUUGCCAAGCGAUCGGGGCCGGACCUUCAUCAGGAAGAAAGCUCGUUGAGCCGGUGUAAAAGAAACAGCGUGACGUCAGACCUAUUCCAAUCCUGGCUAGCUUCUAGUUCGCCGGUCAAAAGGAGCAAAAGUCCAAGCAGAAUGGCUACAACGCUGGUUGGCCGACGCGAAGAACUGAAUCAACUAGACGAGGGAGACUUGUUCAUGGAAUUGAUCCGUGACGUUGCCAAUGAAUUGGACAUCAAUAUCCUCUGUCAUAAGAUCUUGGUUAACGUUGGUCUAUUGACCCACGCAGACAGGGGCAGCUUGUUCCUGGCCAAAGGUCCUUUGGAGGACCGUUAUCUAGUCGCGAAGCUCUUCGAUGUCACCCAGGAUACUGAGCUCGAGGAGGCCGUGCAAAGGGCAAAACGGGAAGAGAUCAGAAUACCGUUUGGAGUUGGAAUUGCCGGAUUUGUGGCGCAGAGCAAGCAGAUCAUAAAUAUCAAAGACGCGUACAAGGACCCGAGGUUCAACAGCUCGAUCGAUAUGAGAACGGGCUACAAAACGACCUUGAUACUGUCAAUGCCGAUUUGUAACUACGAGGGGGACGUAAUUGGCGUUGCACAAAUCAUCAACAAAACAAAUGGGAGCAACGAAUUCACUCGAAGAGACGUUGAAGUUUUCCAGAGGUACCUCACAUUCUGUGGAAUCGGGAUCCAAAACGCACAACUGUUCGAACUGUCUGUUCAGGAGUACAGACGGAAUCAAAUACUGUUGAACCUAGCAAGAAGCAUAUUCGAAGAACAGAACAACUUGGAAUGUUUGGUAACGAAAAUUAUGGCCGAGGCAAAAGAACUCCUCAAAUGCGAGAGAUGCGCAGUCUACCUUUUGGAUUUGGACUGUGGGGAGGCGAGUCAUUUGGAAAAGAUUGUUGAACGACCAGGAAGACAAAUGCAAGAAUCUAGAAAACCGUUAUCCAGGAGAGAGAGCAACAACAUCGACAUGGAGGAUAUUUUUCAGCAGCACCACGCGACAAACGGAAAGAGCAAGUUCACCAUGGUUUUCGAGAUGGAGAAUGAUACCCAACAGGCAAGAGUCUACCGACCAAAUUCCAACGACCUGUCGAGCACGCUUGGUCAAAUAGCGAGGUACGUCGCGAAUACUGGACAAAUUUUAAAUAUCGGAGACGUCGCUACGUGGUUAAAGAGAGAAGUCGUGGACGCCGGAAAUGAACCGAUCCGCAGUAUCCUCUGCAUGCCGAUAGUGAACGGACAGCGAGCCGUAAUUGGAGUGGCGCAGCUGAUCAACAAGGACAAUGGAAGUUCUUUCACCGACUCCGACGUCUCGAUUUUCGAAGCUUUCGCCAUCUUCUGUGGCUUGGGUAUCCACAAUACCCAGAUGUACGAGUCCGCUUGCAAACUGAUGGCGAAACAGAAGGUGGCUUUGGAGUGCCUGAGCUAUCAUGCAACCGCCAGCAACGAGGAUACGAUUAAGCUGAAAUCCGACACGAUACCAUCGGCCGAAAAGUACAAUCUGUACAGUUUUACAUUCAUAGAUUUUGACCUCACCGACGAAGACACUUGUCGAGCGACGGUGAGGAUGUUUAAACAGUGCAAUUUGAUCCAGCAAUUCAACAUCCCUUACGAAGUACUCUGCCGAUGGAUAUUGAGUGUGAAGAAAAAUUAUCGCCCGGUAAAAUACCACAACUGGAGGCACGCCUUGAACGUUGCACAGACGAUGUUCGCCAUGCUGAAAACCGGUAAAAUGGAACGUUUCAUGACCGACAUCGAGAUCUUGGGACUGCUGGUUGCCUGUCUGUGCCACGACCUCGACCAUCGGGGCACGAACAACGCGUUCCAAAUGAAAACAGAGUCGCCCCUGGCGAUUUUGUACUCGACAAGCACGAUGGAACAUCACCACUUCGACCAGUGCGUCAUGAUACUGAAUUCGGACAGUAACAACAUCUUUCAAAGCUUAUCGAUGGAGGAUUAUAGAACCGUGAUGAGGAUAGUAGAGAACGCGAUUCUGUCCACGGACCUGGCGAUGUAUUUUAAAAAGAAGAAUCGAUUUUUGGAACUCAUCGAGGAAGGCGAAUUCGACUGGCAGAGCGAGGAGAAGAAGGAACUCCUCUGUGGUAUGAUGAUGACGGCCUGUGACGUGAGCGCCAUAGCGAAACCUUGGGAGGUGCAGCAUCGCGUGGCUAAGUUGGUGGCAGACGAAUUUUUCGACCAGGGUGAUCUGGAGAGGCUUCAGCUGAAAGAACAGCCGGUGGCAAUGAUGGAUCGCGAAAGGCGAGACGAACUGCCGCAAAUGCAAGUUGGUUUCAUCGACGUGAUAUGUUUACCGCUCUACAAGGUUUUGUCGGAGACGUUUCCCUGGAUCGAACCACUCUACGAGGGCACCUUGGAGAAUCGAAAGCACUGGCAGGACUUGGCAGAGAAGGUCGAGAUGGGUUUGACCUGGAUAGACAGAGACACGAUAGAGGAACCUGUUGAGGAGUUCGUAUCCUCGGAGCCAAAGGACAUCGAGUUCACAGUUACGACGUUAAACUGUGCCCACACAGAGAAGAAAGAAUUACCCGACGGAGCUCAGGAGCCGCAAGCCGCGAAGUCUUCCUUAGGGAGAUUUGCGUCACUUCGUAAGGGUGGCAGGACGCUGAGCAAAGGCGUUAGACACAGACUGAGUAGAUCUCUGUACGCGAGAAGCAGUUCCGAGGACGCUGGAAAGGCAAAGGUCUUGAUUCCGGAAAGAAAGAACCGGAGUAAGCUCUGCUUGCUCAUUUGACGUCUCACCUCUAGCACUCUUGAGAGUAUACCGGAAUAAGAGUAUCGAUCAAGUAUUUCUACAGGGAUCGAUAUACUUGUAUUGAACUUGUCGAAGAAUGUGAGGGUGCGAGGAGGAAGAGGGUGAGAGAGAGAGAGAGAGAGAGAGAGAAAUUAUCUCCAAGACAUUUGGAAUUCGAUGACUGUUGUGAUAUCAAACUUUGAGGUUUUUACAUUUCCUACACUCUAUUUUACUACUUGGAAAAGAGAGGCAAUUUAGGACCAUGCGGCCGGUAAGAUGCGCAGUAGAUCAUAAGGAUAUAAUCAUCUUCCAUUAUUCUUAAAGUUGAACUUAAAUUUUAAUAUCAAUAUCCGAGUUCAAUUACGGAUCGAGUGAUAUGUUGUGACAAUUUGCGAAUGAGUGUGAGUGUGCGUGUGUGUACAGUACGUGUCGAAACAUUAUCCGAAGUAUUUAGCAAACCUCGGUUCAACAAGUUGUACUUUACACUGCGUCAAAAUUAGUGUUGUGCGAUUAAUCGAUCAAUCGGCAGCUUCGAUUAAUCGAUAAAUUGAAUUUUUCGAUUAAUCGUUUUUCCAACUGAUCGAUUAAUCGACGGUUUCGAUUCAUAUACCGAUUGACCUGCAAAAUUAUUAUCAGGCAACUUCGAUUAACCGAAAUCGUCGAUUAAUCGAUUAACGGAAAAACAAUUAGUCGAAGCUACCGAUUAAUCGCACAGCACUGGUCAAAAUACAAAGCCAAAGCCAAUUACUGGGCAACUCAGCACGAUCGGUGGUUAAUCAAAACUUGACAGAAUGUGCCAGCUGUGAAAAUGAACGCGUCGCUGUCAACGGAUCAGAAAAUACGGCUAAAAAUCUGCAGAAGUAUUUCCUUCCUUCACGGGUUCAACUGUUAUGUAUAACAUUAUCAUCAUUUUAUUCUUAUUAUUUCAUUUUUGUCUACGAAAUCAAUCAUCCAACAGCAAUGCCCUCAAAGUAACUUCUGAUAUCCCAAACUGUGGUCAAUAAAAAUGUCAACGUUUAAAGUAAAAGCCCGUAACUAUAGCGGAACUAUUUGUCAAGGAAUAUUGAUCAAAUGUAUAGUAAGAAAAAUUUGGGAAAUCGAGUUAUUUCCACUUCAACAUGCUUGACAGUUUUUUUAAAAAUAUCAACAUUUUUUUUUUUUUUUUUUUUCGAACUAGAAAUUUUCUCUGCUGGUGAACUAUCGUGUCUAAUUUCUAUUCGUAGCGACGUGAUUCGUCAAUAUUUCGAAUUAGGUACUCUAUUCUUCCGACAUAGAAAAAACAAAACUUUGAAUUGAUCUAUUACUCUGUUAAUCGCACGAAAAAGAGUGACGAUUGAAUUUUGUGCCCAAUAAACUAACAGUAUAAAAUCAUUUUGGCUACAAUGUAACGAUCAACCACGAUAAUACUUCUCGCAAAUUGAACCGAUGGAAAAUGAAGUUGAGAGUUGUCUACAAGUUUAAAUAUUCAUUUGAGAAUAAAGAUUGAAGAGAGCCGUACAUUGAAACAAAAUUAAAAAAAAAAAAAAGAAACACAAAAAGUCACCCUAAACAAUUAAACUUAUGUAAGAAUUCAAAUCGAAAAACACAUGCCGAUGAAUUAAACGCCAUUUAUACAGUGCAACAAUGGCGAAGGGUUAAGAUUGUAAGAUAAAUGAAAUAUUGUGAAUCUAAGUCAAAUUUUGACAAUCUUUUUGUAUAAUUUGAGUGUUUUAGAUUAUAUGGUAUAUAUACAUAUAUAUAUAUAUAUAUAUAUAUAUAUAUAUAUAUAUAUACAUACAAAAUAUAGUUAAAAUAAAAUUCGGUGUAUCUAGGCUAAACUAUAGCUAUAAUGAUUGUUGUAGGAAAACAAUGGAAGCCGUAUAAAAACCCUCGUCAAAUCCAUAAAACGAAAUCCUUAAACUCUAUUGGAUUCGAUCAAAAAGCAUGAGGUUUAAGAAUCGUCGUUGAUAAAAAUGUAUUUUUUGAAUUGUCAUUCCCCGUUAAACGUAUGGAUUAUAUUGUUACCCAAUAAUUGUAACUAAACUAAACAUAUACAGCGAUUAUUGUUGAUAAUUUCGAUUAUUAAGUUGUCGAACGAAGAAAAAAAAAACAAACAAACUGUUUCUAGUAUUUUGAUAUAGUUGUGAAAGUAAGAAGAAUAACAAUAAAAGUAAUAAAAAUUUUAAUGUACAACAAACUUCGGUGUCAACUUCGCCCUCCCAUUGAUACCAGAUUAUUAUUACCGAUAAAAGUUUCUCCAUGAACUGAAUUUGAGCCUUUUUGUGUCUCAAUUAUUCAAUUGUUCCUGUACAAUUUUUCAAUGAUCCUCUCGAUUGAUGACUCGAUUAGAAAGUCGAGUAACUUGUUCGUAAAUCAAUUCGUUCCUUUGAUCUCUGAUUCGAUUCAACCGUUUUGAAACUGUCACAUCAAUAUUUUUAUAUCGAUUUGGCAGUUUCUAUAAAAUCAUGCACGAAUCAAUCCGUCUCGUAGUAAAAAUUGUAAAUACAUUACAGCUCUUGAAUAAAAUUCUAAAAUCCUGGCUCACUUCAACACAGCUUAAGUUUUACGCUAAAAGCUGAGUUUAAAACAUCCGAAUCAUUGUGUCUAUUGUUUUAUUAAUAAAACAUUUAGAAAUUACACUGGAACCACAGUAUUAGUACGUUGUAAUUAAUAUUCCGUUACUUGGUCCUAUUCAUAAAUUAGUUAUAAAUUUUCUUUCACAUUUUCAAUUAUUGUUACAAUGACGGCAGAUGUACUAUAUUUACAAAUUAUGCAAAUCCUUAU